GAGAAAUCAUGUUGUCCGACCAGAGAGGUCCCUAGCAGCACUGCUCAGCUGUGACGCCGGGAAAUCAGAUCGGGUCCUGGGACAAGGAUACUCUUUUUUGAGAGAUUCAGCAGCACUGCUCAAGGUCCUUUAGGAUUUGAUGAAGAACGGAUGCAAGCCAUCGAGGAAAGAUGCACGGAGAACAAACACACAGCCUUUCUUCUCCUGCACCUGAGCCAAUCAGAAUUGAAGAUGGAUGAGAGCCAGCUGUCCGACUGCGUAAGGAAGAACAUAGCGGCGCUUGGCUUUACGUACGACUUCAUGGGGACAUGGGACUCGCGCUUGCUUUGAUCACUCGCGCGUGUUUUAACCCACAUCCCCAGCGCCAGAGGAGCGCGGAAGCCUUCCCAGAAACACAGCUACUGUCGGCCGCGGAGCCUGCUGUUUCCCCCCCGGGCCGCACCACUUUGGGCCAGGAUGUCUGAGCUGGACACGGCAGGCCAGGAGCCCCGCCCGGAGCCGUCCCCGGCGGGGGUGUGCGACAGCAGCGCGCCCCUCCCCCGCGCCUCGCCCUCGGCCUCCCCGGGCCCCGCGCCGGCCCCCUCCCCGGCCCCCUCGCCGCGCCCGCUCCCGCCCCCCGGCUCCAGCGUGGAGGAAGAGGAGGAUGAGCGGCAGGCUGAGCACAGGCUGGAGCAGCAGAGACGGGGUCUAAACCAGGGGCAGCCAAGAAAGAGAUCCAAGGCCAAAGGCAGGCUGGUGCGCAGCCUGGCCGUGUGUGAAGAGUCUUCCCUGCCUGUACCCACAGAUGGUGCUGAGGACGAUCAGGGUUCAAUUCAGCUGCAAAUGACCAGCUUGCCUUGCCUUCAGGAAAAGGGCAGUUCCAGUCGAGAGGACUCAGAGAAGGACAAAAACAAAGGGACAGAGAAACCAAAUGAAAAACCAAAAAUAAGAACGCUGUCAAAAGACCACAGCCAGGAAUACACAGACUCCACGGGCAUUGACUUGCACGAGUUCUUGGUAAAUACCUUGCAGAAUAACCCCAGGGACAGGAUGAUGCUGCUGAAACUGGAGCAGGAGAUUAUCACCUUCAUCGCCGACGAUAAUAGCCCCUAUAAGAAGUUCCCCCAGAUGUCAUCUUACCACAGGAUGUUGGUGCACCGGGUUGCUGCAUACUUCGGCAUGGAGCACAACGUAGAUCAAACCGGGAAGUCCGUAAUCAUCAACAAAACCAGCAAUACCAGAAUACCGGAGCAGCGCUUUGGAGAGCACAUUAAAGAUGAGAAUUCAGACGAGUCCCAGAAGAGGUUCAUCCUAAAGCGAGACAACUCCAGUAUCGACAAGGAAGACAAUCAGCUACAUAGGAUUCACCCAUUUAGAGAAGACAGGAGGAGUAAGUCCAUAGAAGAGAGGGAAGAGGAGUAUCAGAGAGUGAGGGACAGAAUUUUUGCCCAAGAUUCAUUCUGUUCCCAAGAAAAUGUUUACAUUGAAACAAGGAUCUUGGAAGACUGCAAUUUAUAUAACGACACUCAGAAGAAACGGCAGCUAUUCAGGGGGAACCGUGACGGCUCGGGCCGGGCGUCGGGCAGCAGGCAGAGCAGCACGGAGAUGGACUCGCGCUGGAGCGACCCGCGGCCCUGGAGCAGCACCGACUCGGACAGCUCCUGCCGCAACUACAAACCCGCCGUCACCAAGACGGCCAGCAUCGGCGGGAUCACCGUGCUCACGCGGGGCGACAGCUCCUCCAGCGGCCGCAGCACAAGCAAGCUCUCCAAAACAGGUUCUGAGUCUUCCAGCAGCGGGGGCUCAUCCGGCUCUCUCUCCAGGGCCCACCUGACGCUGCAGGGCUCCUCCCUCCUGCCCUCCGGCCCGCCCAGCUCCGGUGGAGGCCCCGCCCCCUUCCCAGAGGGCCAGCCCCCUCCCAGCAGCCCCAGCUACAUCCUGGUCUCGCUGGAGGCUAGCGGUAUCCCCCCCGGGAGCAUCCUCCUAAACCCACACACAGGUCAGCCAUUUGUAAACCCCGAUGGCACCCCUGCCAUCUAUAACCCACCUGCUGGGCAGCAGCCAAUCAGAAGCCAGCUAGUGGGGCAGUCGCCACAGCAGAGCACACCACAAUCCCAGCAAGCUCAGCAACAGGCUCCACCCCCACCACCACAGCCACAGCAGCCAAUGACAAGCCACAUGGUCCCCCAGGGCCUGCAGCCGACCUCUCAGGCAGGGUCGUACUCCGCCCUCUCCUACCCGAGCCAACACCUGCUGCCCGUGUCUCCCCCUCACCACUUCUCUGGGCGGGAGGACCUGUCCUCGCAGUUCGGCCAGAUGAGCCUCAGCCGGCAGUCGUCGGGUGAAGCCCCGGAGCCUCCGCCCUCCACCUACCCCCCCGGCCUCCUCUCCCAGCCGCCCCCCCAGACGGGCUACGUGGUGCCCUCCCCCGGCCACCAGCUGCCCCCGGGGGGCUUCCCGCCGUCAGGGCCCCACAUGCCCCAGCAGGUCCUGCCCUCGUCGCAGGGCUUCGUCCAGCAGGCUCCAUCUCAGGUGCCAGUGUUCUACUACUCCUCCGCCCAGUACCCUACCUCAAGCAGUCAGCAGUACAGGGCCGUCGGCUCGGUCCAGUACGGCACGCACAGGAACCAGCAGCUUGCACAGAGCCCCCAGCAGACAGGUUACCCACCUGUUUUAUCCAAUCAGCAGCCAGGAUUCCAAACUCUGAUGGGUGUACCACAGCAACCCCAGAACCAGAACCAGAACAUGAUGUCCAACCAACAGGGGAGUCAGGUUCACGGUGUGAUGGUUCCAUACCCCCCUAUGUCUUCAUAUCAGGUACAAAUGACACAGGGUUCUCCAGGGAUACCCCAGCAGUCUUACCAACAGACCAUCAUGUUGCCUGGUCAGUCAGGUCAAGGGGCGGUGCCCAACCAGGGCGUCCCUGUGUACUGCAACGUGAUGCCACCCUCCCCGCCUGGCAACCUGCGACUGGUGGGCGCCCCCUGCCCAUCCAGCACUGUGCCCGUCGUCCAAGCCAGCUGCCGAACCAACUGCACCAGCCUCAGCAGCCCAGGCUGGCAGGUCAAGUACUGACACCAGAGGGGGCUGCAGGCAGUCACUACUAGUGCUGGCAGAGUGAGGCCUUGUCAGCCUCAACACGGGUAGGGCUAUUAUGAGCUGUCGCCCUGCUUUCAAGUGAUGUCGGAUUUACGAUCAGUUCGAGUUUCCCACCGGAAAGACCCGCGUGAAUACCUUAUUAUAUCAGAUGAUCACGUCGGAAACGGGGAUCGAAAAUGGCCGAGCAAAACACCAAGUCCUCUGUGAACCAUACGAAAUGUCGUACAAUAAAACCAUAAGUGCGCCGCAGCUACAAAUUUGAAACAGACAGACAUCCUUUGAUAAAGAUAAUAUUGCAGCGUUUAAUUAGCUGUGGUAUUUGCAUUUGUGACCCCAAGAAAUAGACAAAAAUUGCUUGCUAUGUAACUUGCUAGUCGAUUGCUAGCCUAGAAUGUAAACAGUCCGAUAGGAGCUAACACGUAGCCACACAUAAGUUAUCUUGCAAUUUUCCGGCCACAAAGCGUGUGAACGUGUGAAGCAGUCGGGUGGCCGAGUUGUGAUCAAGCUAACAAACCGACAUCACUCGAAAACGCCGACAGUCACUUACCGGUUUGAACCAAUCACAGCAUUUCACUAUGGAGAACAGUUCUUUGAGGAAUCAGGAAUCGACAGCUCAUGGUAGCUCCACCCAUUAUAGGAGGAUCCGUUAAGCCCCAAUCUCACAUGACUAGUUCAUGACACACUCCCCCACCCCACCCAACCCUCACCCCCAACACCAACCAGUGCACUGGACAUUUCUAACCAUGGCCUUUAAUUGCAGGGGAGGAGAGCAAAAGUGGCAGAUAUUCUGUAAAAAAAGAGAAAAACUCAGUAAUAAUUGAUAUGUUUGCUGGUAAAUGGUGCAUACUUUAGUCCUGUUCCUUCACAGGAGGCCUUUGUAGCUUAGCGAGGUGACAUGCAUUCACUGGGUGAAGAUCUCUUCCUUUUCACUGAUCACCACUGUGUAGAUUGUAAUAAACCUAAAACUGGAUUAGUUUUGUACUUUGUGUUGAGUUUGUGAAGCUGAAAGUAUUUAAGACUAUAUUAUAUAUACACACAUAUAUAGAUACAUAUAUAUAUAUAUAUAUAUAUAAAAUAUAUAUAUAUAUUAAAACUAAAACAAUUAUACUGUACCAAAGCUGUAAUGGGACUGCUGUACUGAAAGCAUAAUUUAUAUACACAAUAGAAUUUUAUAUGGCUAUAUACUGUAUUGUAGUGUUUAAACACAAUAAAAGAUUAUUUGACCUUGAAAAGAGAGGUCACAUUUCUAA